AGUCUCCUGUCGCUCCUUUAGCCGCGUGAGUGGAGGGGCGGGCAGGGAGGCGUGUCCGUGCACCAUGAGAGGAACAACGUGAGGUUGAGGAGGAAGGACAUGUCAGAGAUGUUGAUUCAGAGAGAGUUGUUGGAAUCAUCCCUUCAUGGUCCUGUCUUGUACUUCUUUUAUGGACUUGUAGGGCAGCAGCCUUGGGCCUCUGCUAGAGGCGGAUUUAAGAAGUAGAAUGACUCAAAAGCCAGAGGGCGAUGAGGUCGGUGGGGAGCAUGCAGCUUGUCCUGCUCGUGGCCUUGACCUCCACAGCCACAGGCCUCCACAUCCCUCUGGAAGUGGAGCAGCCUCCAGCCAUAAUAACUCUCACAUCUGGUCCUAUUAUUGCCCUCCCGUUUGACAAGACCAUUACUAUCAGGUGUGAAGCCAGAGGCAACCCACCACCAGAGUACAGAUGGACAAAAGAUAGCGAAGAAUUUGUCCCUCCCAACAUCACAACAGACCACACAGAUGGCACCUUCGUGCUUCUCGACAAGCAUCUUGUCACGUUUCAGGGUAAAUACCGAUGCUACGCUUCCAACAAGCUGGGAACUGCCAUGACGGAGGAGAUUGAACUGAGAGUCCCCAGUGUCCCCAAGUUUCCAAAGGAGGUUAAUGUACCCAUUGUUGUGAAGGAGGGAGAGCCGAUCACCCUGGAGUGUAACCCUCCAGAAGGCGUGGCCCCACGUCAGAUCUACUGGAUGACUCUUGAUCUCAUGCACAUUGACCAGGAUGAGAGGACAGUCGAAAAGGACUACUGUUGCUUUGUUGCCUUCAACAAAAUCAUCAUCGUCCAGAAAACCGCCAUGGCUGUCAUGGUCACCAACUUGAAACAUGGCAAUGAGUCUGAUGACGGCGGCAAUUCCACUGAAGCCCCCCCAGCGAGAAUACCCAGCAUGCUGCUGCCCUCUGGUGUUCAGACAGAGAAAGUGCUGUUGAUGGGAGAGAAUCUGCAGCUCGAGUGUAUAUCACAGGGAUAUCCCACUCCAACGAUGUCAUGGAUAAAAAUGGGAGACAAGCUGCCUCUACGGACACAAUUUAACAACUUUGGAAAGCUGUUAUCCAUAUCUUCUGUCGAUGAGUCGGAUAGUGGGAAAUACAUGUGUAAAGCCCACAACUCUGAAGGAGAGGCUGUCCACUACAUUGAUGUAAUCGUGGAAGGUCCUCUGUGCCUUACAAAUCUCAAGUGA